UGUCUCACAUGGCAUAGGCCGCAGAUGUUGCGAUGUCGUAAACUGUCCCUGAAACGGUAUCCUGAGAAGAAAUAAUGUCGGCCGCAAAACCUGAAGUAAAGAAUUGGAAGGAGUAUAAUCAUAAGCGGAAGGAACUUCGUAAACAGCGGAAGGAAGAAAAAUUGGCAAAGAAAAUAAAGAAGGCAGAACUCGAAAAAGAGGCAGAGAAUGAGGAACAGGAGUAUAGAGAAGAAAGCAAUGCAAAGUACGAACGAAGGGACAUUUGUACCAUCAGCAUAGCGGUACCUGGGUCGAUCCUCGACAAUGCACAAUCCCCGGAGCUGCGUACCUACUUGGCGGGACAGAUUGCGCGUGCUGCAUGUAUCUACAAGGUGGACGAGAUCGUAGUAUUCGACGACAAGGGCGAGAUCACAGAGGAUGAGAAGCGGAAGGUGAAGAAGGACGAUGUGCUGGGUGAGGCCAGGCCUGGGUGUCUACAAUUAGCCAGGAUACUGCAGUAUCUCGAGUGUCCACAAUAUUUGAGAAAGUACUUCUUUCCGAUUCACAAGGACUUGCAGUACGCAGGUGUGCUAAACCCAUUGGAUGCACCACAUCAUCUGAGACGGGAAGACGAAUUCUUAUAUCGAGAAGGUAUAGUUACCAAUAAGCCCAUAAAAACCGGCAGAGGUUCUCAAGUGAAUGUAGGAUUGUUAAAUGAGAUUCAUGUGGAUAAAAUACUGAUGGCUGGGUUAAGAGUGACGGUGAAAAUACCAGCAGAUCAGUCAAAUCGGAAGAAAAUAAAAGGUAUUAUUGUACCGCCUAAUGUGCCACGUGCAGAGACUGGUACCUAUUGGGGCUACAAUGUCAAACUAGCGAACAACUUAACAGAAGUGCUGACGAAUUGUCAGUAUAAAGGAGGAUAUGAUUUGACGAUUGGAACAUCUGACAAGGGAACAUCGAUCGACGAGAUAAAAGCAAAGAGUUUAGAGUAUCACCACUGUCUCAUAGUAUUUGGAGGUCUUACUGGAUUAGAAGCUGCCAUAGAUGUGGAUCCACAUUUAAAUGUCGACGAUCCAUCUCUAGUGUUUGAUAAAUAUAUAAAUAUGUGCCCACAGCAAGGAUCACGAACAAUUAGAACAGAGGAAGCUAUUCUCUUGACUCUAGCUGAAUUGAGAACUAAAUUAGUAGCUAAAAAAAUUCUAGAAAUAUAA